AUGGCUGCGAGAAAGAAACCUAUCCCUCCCCCUAAGCCUGUGUCUGCUGAAAAGGACAUGUCCGCCGUGCAGGAUGACAGGGAAGGGAAGUUGGAUGAAAGCUUGGUCGAGUUCCCGAGUAUUGUCGAUAAUUCAUUUGAUCCACCUACGGCCUCAUCGAAUCAUGUCGAAAGCCAGGGUUUGGCAGACGACACCAAUACGGAAUCCGAAAGUAUGCGUCCCGCGCAAAAUAACUUGUCGAACAAGGCUCCGAAGGCACCAGUUCAUGACCGUAUGCCAUCGCCCCCCCCUUCAAACAACCGCUCUCUUGCAAAGCAGUCGUCCGCCUCUUUUGUGGCCGCUGGGGGCAUGGCUUCUCCCAAGACCACACAGAGAGGCAGACCAUCCAAAAAACCUGCAGAACCGACAGCGCACGCAAACUCGUCAAAGCGCGCUACAAGAGCCAGUAUGGCGCUCGACGCAGGUACUGCCAAGGAAGUGUUGGACAUUGUGAAUACUGUGAAAGUUCUUGAUAGUCGUCUCGCUGCCCUGGAACAGUCUGAGAGCGACCGAUCUGCUGCCCCUCCCCCCCAAGUACCCGUUCCCUCUUCACAACCUCUGUCUUCCGACCCUCUGUUCAAGAGACUGUGUUCAGCCCAUACUGAUCUACGAAGCGCUCUACAAAAUAACAUGGAUAACUUCAGGGAGUGGAGAAUCACUCACGAAAGCGACUGCGCAGCUUCCAAGGGCGAUCUGGCUGUAUUGAAAGGCAGGGUCGCUGCUAUUGCUGAUGAAGUACAUGGAUUAAGGGAUCGCUUGGAUGAUGACAUACGCACUCCUCACUUCGACGUGUCUCCCAGCAGCCCCCACACAUAUCCUCGUAUGCAACAAACACAUCUUCCGCCCCAUUCCCCUCUAGGGAAGCGCCCUUUCAACCAAGACGAUGCGGAUCCAAUGGACGUGCAACACAUGCCACCACCUACGAGACUGAGAAGAUCUGUUCCAGGAGAUCUGCUCCCCGAGAUAUUAUUUGGCCCUAUUGCACAAGGCGACCCGAUGACAAGAGCCUGUGACGCUAUCAAAGAUGCUGGUUUGUCGGUUGAUGUUGUGGAGGCGGCUGCUCAUGCUCGCAGGAAAGGUUUUAUCGCCAUUCGAUUUAGAGGGUCGGAACCUGCAAACGCCUUCCUAUCCAAAGUCAAGCAGGGCAUAGGCAGGUUGCUGGGAACAACGGCAUAUUGGAGUGAGCCUGUCAAUACUCGCACCAAUACUCCCUUCAGGUAA